GGUUCAGUCUUAGAGCACCAGCUGGUGAGCAAUGCAAGGAGCAGUCGUGUAACCAACUUACAUCGUCUUCAACAUGAAGAUAGCUGCAGUGCCAAUGCUUCUGACCCUGGCUCUUUGCCUCAUACAAGAUGCUGCCAGUGAAGGUGAAAAUCAGGAAACAUGCAAUGAAUAUAGGGCACUGAUGAAAAAUGGAAAACUGUUCUGUUCCCGAGAUAAAAACCUUUUUCAAAGCUCUGAUGGAAUAGUGUUCAUCAACAAAUGUGCCACAUGCAAAAUGAUACUAGAAAAAGAAGCAAAAUCCCAGAGAAGGGCCAGGCAUUUAGCAAGAGCCAGGGCUACUGCCCCAGCAAAGGAUAUAUGUAGUGAUUUUCGGCCUUAUGUGAAGGAUGGAAGACUUGGAUGCACAAGGGAAAAUGAACCAGUUCUUGGUCUUGAUGGAAGGACACAUGUCAAUAAGUGUGUGAUGUGUGCUGAGCUAUUCUUAAAAGAAGCUGAAGAAAAUGCCAAGCGAGAAGGUGAAACCAGAAUUCGACGAACUGCUGAAAAGGAUUUCUGCAAGGAAUAUGAAAACCAAGUGAGGAAUGGAAGACUUUUUUGUACACGGGAGAGUGAGCCAGUCCGUGGCCCUGAUGGCAGGAUGCAUGGCAACAAAUGUGCCCUGUGUGCUGAAAUUUUCAAACAGCAUUUUUCAGAAGAAAAAAAUAAAGCAGAUGAACGCCUGAGAAAGGCUAAAGAAAAAGUUAAAAGAAAUAUUCAGAAACUCUGCAGUGAGUAUCAGGAUCAUGCAAUGAAUGGAAUCCCUUUCUGUACCAAAGAAAAUUACCCUAUUCGUGGCCCAGAUGGGAAAAUGCAUGGCAACUUGUGUUCCAUGUGUCAAGACUUCUACCAAGCAAAAGCUGAAGAAAAGAAAAAGGCUGAAGCAAAAGCAAGAAGUAAAAGAGAACCUGGAAGAGUAGACUCAUAUGCACCGUGCAGACCAUACCUCAAGUUUAUGACAAAUGGAAUACUCCCCUGCACCAAAGAGAUUAACCCCACCAAGGGCCCAGAUGGGAAAAUGUAUAACAGCCCCUGCUCCAUGUGUGCGACUAUGCUCCAAGCAGAAAAAAAAGAAAAGAAAAACAGGGAAGAUGAAUCAAAAAAUAAAAGGCAAUCUGAGAAUACAUCUUCCUUUGAGGAGUUGUGCAGGGAAUACCGCAAAUCCAUGAAGAAUGGACAUCUUCUUUGCACUAGAGAGAACGACCCCAUCCAGGGCCCAGAUGGGAAGGAGCACGUCAACCUCUGCUUCAUGUGUGAGGCUCUCUUUCAACAAGAAGAAAGAGCAAGAGCAAAGGCUAAAAGAGAAACUGCAAAGGAGCUGUGCCGUGAAUACCGUAACUAUGUGAGGAACGGACGUCUUCCCUGCACCACAGAGAAUGACCCCAUCGAGGGCCCAGAUGGGAAAAUCCACGGCAACACCUGCUUCAUGUGUGCAGCCUUCUUCCAGCAAGAAGCAAAAGAAAAAGAAGCUGAAUCCAAAAGACCUAAGAGAGGAGCUGAAAAGGAUACAUGCAGUGAAUUUCGGCGCCUUCUGAAAAAUGGAAGUCUUUUCUGCACUCGAGAAAAUGAUCCUGUGCGUGGCCCAGAUGGCAAGACCCAUGGCAACAAGUGCGCCAUGUGCAAAGAAGUCCUCCAGAAAGAAGAUGAAGCAAGAAAGAGAAAAGAAAAGGAGAGAAAAGAAAAGGAAGAUCAGAGAAAAGCUGUACGGAGUGGUUGCAAACGUGGCAGAAGAGGGAAAGCUCAGGACCAAUGUGCUGAGUAUCGGAAACAAAUGAAAAAUGGACCACUCAGCUGUACUCGGGAGAUUGAUCCUGUACGCAAUGAAAAUGGCAAAUCAUACAACAAUAAGUGUGCCAUGUGUAAAGAGAAACUGCAAAAAGAAGCAGAGGAAAACAAAAAGAAUUCUCGGAACAGAUCAAAUGGGAAUGAAUCAGCAUUAGGAAAGGAUGUAUGUGAUCAGUUUAGAAGUCAAAUGGAAAAUGGACAACUUACUUGCACCCAAGAAAGUGACCCUGUCCAGGGUCCAGAUGGCAGGACACAUGGCAACAUAUGUGCUAUGUGUAAGGAAAAACUGGGAAGGGAAGCAGCCAAAAGAAAAACGAAAGAGCAGGACUACAUGACAAACACAGUUGAAAAGAACAAUGGAAAAGAGAACUCUGAGAUGUGCAAACACUACCGAGUAUUACCCAGGAUGGGUUACCUUUGUCCAAUGGAUUUACAGCCUGUCUGUGGUGAUGAUGGCCAGACAUACGGCAAUCCUUGCAGGCUCUGUCAUGAAAAUCUAAUACGCCAAACUAAUAUACGCAUACGCAGUGAAGGAAAGUGUGAGGAGAGCAACCCAGAAACAACACCUCUCAGCAUGCCAGCAUCUAAGAUUCUCUAAGAGAGUCUGGAAUCCCAAGAAUGAAUAAAAGGCCUGGCAGUCACAACUUUCCUGGAAAAAUAGACUGAAAAUCCUACUUUUACUUCCUAUUCUACGAGGUCAAAUGAUGAAAGAGUUGGUGAAAGCCAUGAGGGAAAAAUGUGUAUUCCAAUUCUGAAUUGCCUACCUUCACCAUCUGUAUAUACAAAGAAUUCUUCAGAGCUCGUCUUAUUUACUAUAGAAAACAAUACAGAACUGUUGGGGGAAUGGACUCACUGACUUUCAGUCUUUUCCAUCUCUUUCCUCCUAGAUUCUGUGAUCUGAGGGCACAGAGACAUCUUCACCCAGUCUGUGCUGUAGAAACCUCCUGAUCACAAUGCUGUCUGUCCAACUGCUUGUUCAAUAAAAGUAAACCCCGCAGAA